UUCCUCCGCUUGCAGCUUCAGACAUUUGGGGAAUCCUGAAACAAGUUGUUCCCGCCAAGAGGCAUUGCCAACUUAGUGUAAGUAGACUCUGAAUGAACAGAGGAAACAGAAAGAGGCUGUUUCACUAAGAGCCUUGACAUUCCCGUCCUCCCGUGUUCACUCCUUCAUGUCUUUUGUUGUGGACACUGACUGUGCUGGCUGGACACCGUGAGACAUUAGAUUAUGGACAUAGAGACGCUGUAGAGCCCGACACGCUGCAUGUACGCUCGACUUGCUGAUGGAAGUUGUGCAUUGGGACUGAUCGUUGAGUCAGAUCAGAGAGACACUCACUGCUGGGGAGAGACAGCAGAAGACUCUGUGUCGUCUCCCACGGGCCCCGCCCCCAUGGACCUGCGUGUAGGUGAGCGUCUGGUGCGUCCGGGUUCGAACCCGGUCUUCCUGUCCCCUCUGCACCCCCCUCUGCUGAUCGGCCCCUUCAAUCCACAGCACUGUUCCCAGUACAGCCAGCAGCAGCUGCAGCACAUACAGUCAUAUAACAUGGAGCAGCAUCUACGAGACCAGGAACUAGCGAAACAACAGCUACAGCAACUUAAAAACAAGGACAAGAGUCAACAGAGUGCUGUUGCCAGUGCGUUGGUGAAGCAGAAACUGGCGCAAGUGAUUCUGAAGAAGCAGAAGGCGGUGCUGGAGAGGACCAACUCCAACCCUCUGAGCAGCCCGUCCGUUGCCUACCGGGAGUUGGUUCCAAAUCCCAGCGCUCCUGUACAGCCGCUCCUGUCCUCCACAAAACCAGCUCUCAGCGAAGGGCCUGACGAACCACCCCUGAGACGAGCAACCUCAGAGCCCAACCUGAAGGUGAAGCAUAAGUUAAAGAAGCACCUGAACACCCGUAAGAGCCCGCUGACCCGCAAAGAGAGCGCGCCGCCCGCCGUCAAACACCGCGUCCCUGAUACGCUGGACUCGUCCCCCAGCAGCAGCAGCACUCCAGUGUCCGGCUGCAGCUCCCCAAACGACAGUCUGCCCAACGAGAACGGAGUGCUGCCCGCCACCGCCAGCCUGGCCCAUGAGGCUCAGAGGCUGCUGUUGCAGGACGGCUCUUUAACUCACUUCACAGUGCAGAAUCCCUCCGGUCUCCCCACCAUCACGCUCGGCCUCCCUGCCAACACCAAGGUGGAGAGUGAGCUGGGCUCGCUGAAGCUGGGUCGUGUGUCGGGUGCGUCUCCGCUGCUGGUUCCUCUGGGUGUGGAAGAGCAGAGCGGGCCGCUCAUACAGCCCGUCCUCAUCCUGGAGCCCUCUGGACUCGUACACACCCCUCUCCUGGCCGUUCCCGGUCUGGGUCCGGUUCCCCUGCGGUUCAGCGCGUCUGGUCCUCAUAAGCCGCUGAGCCGGACCCGCUCCGAACCGCUGCCCCAGAGCCCCCGUGCGCUCCAUCCUCACCUGCUCCAGCAGCAGCAGCACAGCGCGCAGCUCCUGGAGAGACUCAAGCAGCAGACUCACCUGGGCAAGCUCAUGUCGAAGUCCAGCGAGAAGCCUCGUCUCCGGCAGAUCCCGUCAGAGGACAUGGACUCCGAGGAGGUGGGGCCGUCAGCGGGCGACGCCCAUCAGGCCAGGGUGAGGGCGGAGUCUCAGAGAGAGCUGGAGAAUCAAGAGGAGCAGCUCAACCUGCAACACGCCCUCAUUCUCAACCAGUCACGCCUGUGGGAAACGCAAAAGCAACUCCAGCACCUGCGCAGACAGACGGCUCACAUGGAGACACUGGCGGUACCCAUGAUGCUCGGCGCCGCACACCGGCCGCUCUCUCGUACGCAGUCGUCUCCAGCCUCCACCUCACUGACGCUGCCGGACAAAGCCUUGCCUCUCAGCACGGCACCGGAGUCGCCCCAGAGCCAGCCGCGCUUCACCACGGGUCUGGUGUAUGACUCCCAAAUGCUGAAGCACCAGUGUGCAUGUGGAGACAACAGCAGCCACCCAGAGCAUGCUGGGAGAAUCCAGAGCAUCUGGUCGCGCUUGCAGGAGAGGGGCCUCAGGGGCCAGUGUGAGAGUAUUCGGGGAAGGAAGGCCACUCUAGAGGAGUUACAGUCUGUCCACACCGAGCGUCACGUUCUGCUGUACGGCACCAAUCAUAUCAACCGCCUCAAACUGGACAAUCGCAAGCUGGCCGGCAUACUGUCACAGCGGAUGUUCGUCAUGCUGCCCUGUGGGGGAGUCGGGGUGGACAAUGACACCAUCUGGAACGAGAUGCACACGUCCACAGCGUCCCGCCUGGCAGCCGGGAGCGUGACAGAGCUGGCCUUCAGAGUGGCUAAAGGAGAGCUUAAGAACGGCUUUGCUGUGGUUAGGCCACCAGGACAUCACGCAGACCCGUCAAACCCCAUGGGUUUUUGUUUCUUCAACUCGGUGGCGAUUGCUGCUAAGCAGCUCCAGCAGAAGCUCAGCGCCAGUAAAAUCCUCAUCGUUGAUUGGGAUGUUCAUCAUGGCAACGGCACACAGGAAAUCUUCUACAACGACCCCAGCGUCCUCUACAUCUCUCUCCAUCGCUAUGAUAAUGGAAACUUCUUCCCCGGGAGUGGUGGAGCAGCAGAGGUGGGUUCUGGUGCCGGUGAGGGCUUCAACGUUAAUGUGGCAUGGACCGGUGGUCUGGAACCUCCCAUGGGCGAUGCUGAGUACCUGGCUGCCUUCAGGACAGUGGUGAUGCCCAUUGCUCAGGAGUUUUCCCCAGACGUCGUGUUGGUCUCUUCAGGGUUUGACGCUGCAGAAGGACACCCUGCUCCUUUGGGAGGAUACAAAGUCACAGCUAAAUGUUUCGGCUUUUUGACUCGGCAGUUGAUGGCGUUAGCAGGAGGACGCGUGGUUCUAGCAUUAGAGGGAGGUCACGACCUCACAGCCAUAUGUGAUGCUUCUGAGGCCUGUGUCAGCGCUCUGCUGGGACUGGAGGAGCCUCUUCCCGAGUCGACUCUCCUCCAGACGCCCAAUGCCAACGGAGUGCUUUCACUCCAGAGAGUGCUACAAAUACAGAGUCAGUAUUGGUCGUCACUGAAGCCGCUGAUGGGCACAGUGGGGAUGUCGUUUCUGGGUGCCCAGAGGAAAGACUGUGAGGAAACGGACACAGUGAAUGCGAUGGCGUCCCUCUCCGUGGGGGUCUUGACCAACAAAAGUGUGACCAAGGUUAUUAUUGUUAACUAA